AUGGGGGGGAGCUUCGCAGCCCGGAGAGGCCAUCUUCCUCAAUUGUCGAUAAGUGAUGAGACUCACCAUGUUACCGAAGCUAUUGGCUAUAUGUAUGGUGAUGAACCCGAACAAGACUCCCGCGGUCAACCCCCCUAUUCCAACCCUCAAUUCACAUCUCAACACCAAUUCGCGACCAAUGGCGAGUACAUCGAUCAUGAUGUAGCGCAGAGAAGAAGGUCUAUUCCUCGGAAACAACUGCCUCCAACACAUUCAAGGGACUCCUCAAGCGACAUGUCCAACACGCAAUCCCACCAGCUCUCUCGGCCCUCACCCACCCAAUCCUAUUCAUGGGAGAAUCAAUCACAACCACCCUCGUCACCAUCCACAUCCAGGGAGCGAUCACCAUCCGAGACUGCAACCUCACACUUCCCUCUUAAUGACAUCGACUAUGAAUCUAGUCCGGCGGCUGUCGCGCAAGAGUUGAGCAAUUUACAAGCAUUAAGACGGAUGUCCAUGAGCGUAGGUGCAACAGAUGAUCCCGAUUUACCACAACUCAAUGCAGCCGGCAUGCCUAAUGCCCCUUCUUCAAAUGCCAGCGAGGAUGAUGCUUCGCGGCUUUUCUGGGUACCCGCUCGUCUCCAUCCCGAGUUGGCGCCAAAAGAAUUCAAAUCGUUCUUGGAUAGCAAAGCAGAGCAGAUAAGGAGAAGGUCAGGAGAACUCUCUGCUUUUGCAUCGCCAUCCACUUCGAGAUCCAGUUCAUUGAGUGUGGAGAGUGCAAGCAAUGCUAGCAGCUUGCGGCGAAAGAAAUCGAUGCUCUCACGCCAAAUCGAUAGUUCCGUUGGUUAUCAAGAUGGGGCAGACAGGCUAGAGAGAAAGAAAUCUCAAUCUCGUCGAGGCGUGCCAGUCGAUCCGAACCUUCAGGAGCUCGAAUCCUUAGUCGCAAAUAACACUGUGCUUCCGACAGCCCCGCCUAUCGAGAGCCCCGCCACAGAUGAAACCGGAGAUAUAAUAUUACCAUCAGUGCCCGGCUCAAGUCUGAAGCGUUCGACAAGGACAACUUAUAGACGUGCCGGAAGCGUUAAAGGGAGAGGGGCGAAUACGAAUACUUAUGCUCAGAGAGCCGCGAGGAGAGCCGCUACAGGGAGUCCCAGCGGAAGCCGGCCUGAGACACCCGAGUCGGCAACACCACCUGUGCCCGUCAUGCCUAGCUUUGCAAGCAUGGACCUUUCCAACCUGGCUGAGACGUUGAAGGAUCCGUCAGGUCAAUCGAGAAAUGGCCCUACGAACUUCUCUAGGCCCGGAGGAAGAGAACCAUCCCCGCCCUCAGCAGGUAUGGGUUUGGCUGGUCCCUCAAACCUCGACUCUAUAUUCAACGAUGAUGAUCCUGUGAGAAGAACGAGUACAUCAAGCAUGCCCGAGCUGAGAAAGAUACCGGUGGGCAGCAAAUCUCCACCACGCACGAGCUCUUCCGUCGAGAGACAGCUGGUCCCUCAGAUAGUUGAGGUACCACCGCCCGAAGAAACCACACAUCAGAAUCAACCCCCGCGAACAUCUUCUAUGCAAUUGACAAACCAUACUGGACCAUCUCCUAUAAGACAUCCGGAGAGAGUGUCUUCUCGAGAGGACCGAAUUAAACACUCUUCUCCUCAGCGGCCUUCCUUACCGUCCAAACAAUCAAUGCCAAGUGUCACAGGCAUUCCACCCCCGAGAGGGAACAAUUUGCCUCCCCAACCCCGUCCGUCACAAAGUCUAGAUCAGCCAUCACCGCUCCCAGGCAACGAUACAAAUACCAGUAAUCUAUCAUACAUUCCCACACUUACGGUUGACAAGCGAGCUGACCACAAGAAAAAGGAGGAGACGAAGAAAUCUGGCUGGAGUUGGGGAUCGCUAGUCGGCAAGCAAGAUGGGGAUAAGGAGAAGCCGGAGAAGCCUAAAGCCAAAAUAUCCAAGCCUCCACAGCAACACGAUAACACAAGACUCGAUGUCCUCCAAACAUCAAUUGAGGGUAAUGGCAAGGGUCGUGAAAGUAUAGUUCUGGAUCGGGAUAAUCUCAAACUCGAGGAAGAACGUAAAAAGGAAAGCCAGCGCAAGGCGUCCAGUGGAGAAUCCAAAAAGGAAAAGGAGAGUCUAUUCUCAUCUUUAUUUGGAGGGAAGAAGUCGAAAGCCGAGAAAGAGGAAAGGGGCAAGAAGUACCGUGACCGAGGGCUCUCCCCGGAACCACCAUACCGGGAGUUACGGCCUGACAUCGACUAUAAUUGGACGAGGUUUUCAAUAUUGGAGGAGAGGGCGAUUUACCGUAUGGCACACAUCAAGUUGGCCAAUCCACGACGCGCCCUUUAUUCGCAAGUGUUGUUGAGUAACUUCAUGUAUAGCUACUUGGCCAAAGUCCAACAAAUGCAUCCUCAGAUGAAUUUGCCUACAAGUGCAAAGCAACAGCGAAAGCAGGAAGCGAAGAGCCAGCAACCGGAUGAGUUCACUCAAUACCAAAGGUACCAACAACAACAACAAGAUGAACAGCAGCACCCUGUGGAGCAGCAAUAUGAAGAUAACGGUGCUGAAGAACACGAUACAAACGGUCAACGACCCACCUCGAGGGGUAGCAAGCAUUCGGCGCAAAGUAAGGGGUCUCCUUCAUCAUAUGGAGGGGGUCAUCAUAACCAGUACCCUCCCAACAAUCAACAUCAACAUCAUCAACAACAACAGGGACAACCGUCCCGGUCCCAAGCGGACGAUGACGACGACGAAAUGUGGUAA